CUUCAAGUUCCCUCAAAUCUCGAACCACGCCUUGCACGAUAAUAAAAAGGGCGUCCAGACUGAUUUCGCCCGCUCCGCAUCUCAUCUCCAAUUAUCAGAACAUAUCUUAUCCACGAUACUUGCCUCCUCGCCAAUCAUCGAACGUCGGAAAGACUCGGACAGUCUGUGCCUCAGAAACUUCAUCAUCGAGCUCCGAACUCUCCCGUUCAUCCUUCGGCAACAGCACCUCGACUUUCGGCUUGGCCCCGGAGCAAGAAGUAUACAAAAGACACAAUUCCGCAUCCAUGGCCUCUGACUAUUCUGCCCGUCUUCAGGCUACCGAGCAAAUCCGUCCUCACACGCCCUCCCCAGGUACUGGCACAGCACGUUCUAAUCUAGCAAAGACCAACUUGCGAGCAUACUCUUCCAAAAUGGUCUCUCACUCGGUCAACAAGACCGCUCUCCACCCAGGCGGUGUCGAGCCAGGUCGUGAACACACAGAACUGGAAGAGGAACUUCACACGACAGCCCACAUUGACUAUGACCGAGUGGCCAUUGUUGCCAAUCCAUCUGUAUCGGCUCUUUAUGAAGAUGCUUUGGUCUACGAGACUGGUACCGCUAUCACGUCUUCGGGUGCUCUGAGUGCCUACUCAGGCAACAAGACCGGUCGUUCUCCUCUGGACAAGCGAGUGGUCAAGGAGGAGAGCUCAGAGAAGGAUGUGUGGUGGGGACCUGUGAACAAGCCCAUGUCACCAGAAGUCUGGAAGAUCAACCGAGAACGAGCUGUCGACUACCUGAAUACCCGGAACCGUAUCUACGUUAUCGAUGGCUUCGCUGGCUGGGACGAGCGGUACCGCAUCAGCGUUCGAGUCGUCUGCGCCCGUGCCUAUCAUGCACUGUUCAUGCGGAAUAUGCUUAUUCGACCUUCUCGUCAAGAGUUGCAGAACUUCCACCCCGACUAUGUUAUCUACAAUGCCGGGUCUUUCCCCGCCAACAGAUAUACCACCGGCAUGACCAGCGCCACUAGCGUGGCCAUCAACUUUGCCGAGAAAGAGAUGGUCAUCCUUGGUACCGAAUAUGCCGGCGAGAUGAAGAAGGGCAUCUUCACGGUGCUCUUCUACGAGAUGCCUGUCAAGCACAACGUGCUAACCCUGCAUUCCUCAGCCAACGAGGGUGAGAAGGGCGAUGUGACUGUCUUCUUUGGCUUGUCCGGUACUGGCAAGACCACACUGUCGGCCGACCCCAAGCGCAAGCUCAUUGGUGAUGAUGAGCACUGCUGGUCUGACAAGGGUGUCUUCAAUAUCGAGGGUGGAUGUUAUGCGAAGUGCAUCAACCUAUCCGCCGAGAAGGAGCCCGAUAUUUUCGGCGCCAUCCGAUUCGGAUCGGUUCUGGAGAACGUCGUCUUCGACCCCGAGACCCGUGACGUUGACUACGACGAUGCCACCUUGACCGAGAACACCAGAUGUGCCUAUCCCAUCGACUACAUCAACAACGCCAAGAUUCCUUGCAUGAGCGACAACCACCCCACCAACAUCAUUCUGCUCACCUGCGACGCUCGUGGUGUUCUACCACCUAUCUCCAAGUUGGAUACUGCUCAAACCAUGUUCCAUUUCAUCUCUGGCUACACCUCCAAGAUGGCCGGUACCGAGGAUGGUGUUACUGAGCCCCAAGCCACCUUCUCUUCCUGCUUUGCUCAGCCUUUCUUGGCACUGCAUCCUAUGCGCUACGCCAAGAUGCUUGCAGACAAGAUGUCGGCACAUUCUACCAACGCCUGGCUUCUCAACACCGGCUGGGUCGGUGCAGGUGCCACUACUGGCGGCAAACGUUGCCCGCUGAAGUAUACCCGAGCAAUCUUGGAUUCCAUCCACUCCGGCGAGCUUGCCAAGGUUGAGUACGAGACAUAUGAUGUUUUCAACCUCAACGUUCCCAAGACAUGCCCCGGUGUUCCAGACGAGCUGCUGAACCCCAAGAAGAGCUGGACUGGGUCAGCCGACUUUGGUGAGGAGGUCACCAAGCUGGGCAAGCUCUUCAAUGAAAACUUUAAGAAAUACUCUGACGAGGCUACUGAGGAAGUCAUCAAGGCUGGACCAGCUGUGUAAGUCAAAGUGAUUGAGCUGUGCUUUUACCGGGCUGUACAGAAUUUCUUUGAAGCUUGAAUUGCAUUACACGGAGUUGGACAACAGCGUUCUAUUGUUUGAGGAAGAGCAACAAUAUGAACGCAAGACGCGAGAGGCAUCACGAUGGUACGAACGGACAAUUCGGUGAUGGCUGCCUUCACUUGUCUGGCUUGCCUUUUCUGAGUGGCUGACAUGGAAGUGCUUUGAAUGCCUCAAAAAUAUGCCCGCAACAUUAUGAAAGAGCUGGGAGAUGGAUAUGACAGCCAUUUUCCUCUAGGUAGUUGAUGUCUUGAUAAAUACGAAAAUUUGAGCUUA